AAAGUAUCGCUCUUCGGGGCCCCAUAAAUUCUGUCCCGAUCUCUGAUUGUUAAAAGUUCAACUAAUUCACUUUACCAAUAUAAACAUGACCGACACAUAUACAAAAGCACCCAAUGCACUUACGCCUAUCAACUUAAGUGGCCCAGCCCCAUCUAAUAAGAAACUUCUUCCCAAGUAUGAAAUCAAUUGUGAUAUGGGAGAAGGAUUCGGGCCUUGGAAAAUGGGCCCAGACGAAGAUAUUAUGCCGCUAAUUGAUAGGGCCAACAUCGCCUGUGGGGGGCAUGCCUCAGACCCGCUGAUAAUGUUAAAGACCAUUAAGCUCGCCAAAAAGUAUGGCGUCGCGGUGGGGGCCCAUCCAGGACUUCCUGACAAACAGGGAUUUGGUAGGAGAUCUUGGGCCAUUGCUCCAGACGAUGUGUACACUAUGGUUUUGUACCAAGUUGGUGCAUUGAAGGCCAUGUGUGAUAGUGAAGGAGUUGAGCUCUCUCAUAUCAAGCCGCACGGAGAAUUAUAUUUUUAUACCGAAAGAGAUGCUGGCGUGAAAGCCGCCGUGAUUAGAGCAGCCAAGGUUUUUGGUGUCCCAUUGGUGGCCGGUAAAAGUGCCGAUUAUCAAGAGGUUGCAGCAAAGGCGGGUCAACAGCUUAUCCAUGAGGUCUACCCGGAUUUACAUAUCUCUCCCGAAGGGUAUUUAGUGAAGAUCCAGGCGGGGCCAAAGUCUCUUAGAACUCCAGAGAGGAUUUACGAGUGCGUGAAAAAGGCAGGAAUGGUGGAUCAAAUUACUAACGUGGAUGGCGAAGAAAUGAAUCUCGGCUUCGGAGGUGCUCCGAUCUCAUUUUGUUUACACAGCGAUAUGCCCACGGCUUUGGAAAAUGUUAUCAAGACCAGGGAGGCGGUUGAUGAAAUCAACCAAUUGUAUGGGCUCAAGUAAAACAAGUAUAUAUGAAAUCGACCAAUAACAUGGAGUAUACAAAUAUCUGCUCACUAUCCUUCUCUUUUCAGUAUCCAUCAUGUAGUGGAAGGCUUCCACUUUAUUAGCGGUUAGUUGCCUCAGGCCCCAUCGGGCAACUGCCGGAUCUCAGAUACAGGCCUGUGUAUAUUUGCAUAUUAAUUCCUCAGCUUACACUGUCGCUUACGGAAUUGGUCUCUAUCUGUUAGCGGGUAGUUUAUCUUGGUUUGAAACGGUCCUGCUGAUAAAGCUAUUUUUACUUUUAUGUUUUUAUUGUUUUCAGCCUUUUACACUGGCGCUAACCUGAUAACAGAUAUGGUAUCUUAUAAAUGAUGGAUGAAACGCUGGAAUUGUUUUAGAGAUUGCUAGAAUAUAUCAAAACGAAAAUGACAUCUGCAAACGGACAAGUGUUUGGAAUUAGCGUUGGUUAUGGUAUGAUUGUAGGGGUUGGUUUUGCCUUCGCUAUAAUCAUGGUGGGUAUUACCAAAAUCUUAUCUAAGUAUAUGAAUGAAAUGCAAGAUUCAGAAAUGCUUAUGACAGCAAAAAGAAGUAUCAAAUCUGGUUUGGUGGCCAGUGCGGUGGUUUCUUCAUGGACAAUUGGUAGUACUUUACUUUUGUCGUGUACCUCGGCAUAUAGUAAUGGGGUUUCUUCUGCUUAUUGGUAUGGAGCAGGUGCCUGUGUUCAAAUCAUUAUCUUCUCGACAAUGGCUUUGGAAAUGAAGAAAAAAGCCCCUUCUUGUCAUACUUAUCAAGAGAUUGUUAGAACUAGAUACGGGCCCGCAACCCAUAUCGUUUCAAUCAUCUAUUCGAUUAUUCAAAUGGUUUGUUACACCACAAAUUUGUUGAUCAAUGGUUCUUCUGUCUUUGAAGCCAUUACCGGUGUCAACAGAGAUGCUUCUAUUGUUUUGUUCCCCAUUGGAGUUAUUAUUUAUACUUUAUUGGGAGGAAUUAAAGCCACCUUCUUAACUGAUUGGACCCACACGGUGAUUAUCUAUGCUAUUUUGUUGACAUUUAUGUUCAACUGUUAUGCCACUAAUCCUAUUGUUGGAUCCCCAGGUGCCCUUUGGGAAAUGCUUGUAGAAACCAGUGCAAGAAGACCAAUUGCUGGUAAUAUGGAUGGUUCCUUAUUGACAUUCAAUUCGGUCCAAGGUGGAUUAUUUGGUUUAGUUCUUUUCGGGGCUGGAUGGGCUGCUGCCGUUGACUCUCAAUUGUUUCAGAAAGCUAUUGCUGCUGACCACAAAACCUUGAUUUCGGGUUAUGUGUUGGGUGGUUUAUGUUGGUUUGCACUUCCCUUCUGUCUUUCUACCACAAUGGGUUUGCUUGCUGCUGGUUUGGAAACCCACCCGUCUUUCCCAACUUAUCCAGAAUUAAUGACGGCAGACCAAAUUAGCGCUGGUCUUGUAUUACCUUUUGCAGCUGAAGCGUUGAUGGGAAAAUCCGGUGUUGCAAUGGUAUUAACAAUGGUAUUUAUGGCUGUCACAGCCGCUUUCUCAUCUGAAACAAUUGCCCUUUCUGCCAUGAUGACCCAUGAUGUUUACAAGGCUUAUUUUGAUCCUAAAGCCAAAGGUAAAAAAUUGAUUUUGGUGUCCCAUUCUUGUGUAAUUGUAUUCGGGAUUGUUACGGUGGCCCUUGGUAUUGGAUUGUCUCAUGCUGGUUUUGAUGUUUCCUUUAUUACCACUGCCUCGGGUAUCAUUGUCAAUGUUAAUGUAGGAGCAAUCAUCUUCACGUUAUUCUGGAAAAAAGUUUCGGGCUUUGCUUAUAUGGCUGGUACCAUCCUUUCAACCUUAAUCUCCGUGGCUGUCUGGAUGGGAUACACUGUUUCCCAAUCUGGAUAUGUUUCAUUGUCUACUUUAUCCACCAAUGAAGCUUUGGCUGCUGGUAACACAAUGGCAAUCGGUGUUCCAUUUCUCCUUAUUCCCCUUUUCACCCUUAUUAAGCCAGCUGAUUUUGACUGGGAUAUCUGGUUAGACAUCAAGCAAGAUGAUAACAGUGAUUUCAACAAGGAACAUGGAUUGACCAAUAUUUUGAGUCAAGACGAAGCAACAAAGGCAAUUUUGGAUGAAAGGAAUAGAUUGGAUAAAGAAUUAAACAGACAAAGCAAGAUCGGAUUUGGCUUAACUAUUUUGUUCGUUUUGUUCUUCCUUAUCCUUUUUCCAUUACCAUUGUAUGGAUCCAAAUACGUCUUCAGCAAAAGCUUCUUCAGGGGUUGGAUUGUCGUUAUGUUUCUUUGGGGAUUCUUUGCUGCUAUCACCAUUAUAUUAUUGCCCCUCUGGGAUGGUAGACAAUCACUUAAACGGUUGUUCGACAUUGUUGUUCUCAAGAAGACUGAAGAGAAACCACUUGGAGAUAUUUACUUUGUCAAAUCUCUUGAAGGUCAGACAAUAGAAGAAAGUCCUGAUGAAUCUCUGAGUGUAGGCAAAGAGAAGAUCAGCCAAAAAGUGGAUCAAGUAUAACUUUGUAGGUAAUUGGGUGAUAUAUAUUGUAAUCAUAUAAGAUCUAAAAGGCUAUCGUUAUUUUGCAGCUGAUGUGGCUGAGGUUUUAUGCCCAUGUUAUAACUUGAUCUGUUAUUGGCUGUGGGUGUUAAAACACUGCUGUUAAAUCCUGGAGGUUGUUUUGGAACCAAUGAAUUCAUGUUGGAGCCUGAAAUAUUUGUUGGAGGAGUUGAGAUUCUGCUCGAGGUUUGUGAACUAGGAGUUGGAGUUGCAGACUGGAAAUCCAGAAACUCGUCUUUGUCAAAUGUCCCUUCGAGAGUAUGGAGUAAUCUAGUAGGUUUAUUGUCAGGAGUUGUAGAUGUUGCACCAAAGUUUAAAUUAGAUUUCUUGUGUGGUUCACUCUUCAAAUGCAAGGGUUGAAUGUGAUGUUGGGCAGGUUUCUUGUUCAUUGGUUGAAUCGGUGGAGUAUGAGAGAAUGAACCCACAUUUUUAGGACUGGUACUUUGGCGAAGUCCUCUGCUUGGAGUCAUAACAGGGGUUUGUGGGCCUGUAACCUUCUUAUCCAUAUUAUUAUUGUUGAUGGGUUGGGUAUUAAUCAAAGAUUCAAAGUUCGAGGCGGGAUCCUUCUGCAACGAGCUCUUGCCUGGGUCUCUGGUAGGCAAAUCGGACAACUUCCUUUUCACCAAAAUGCUUUGGAUAUCAUUAAGCUGCUUAAUGUACAGUUUGAAUUCCAAUUGCGUGCACUCGUUGCAACCAAAUACCAACUUCGUACAAACCAGUAAUACGGACUCCACCACUGUAUCUAAGUCAAGCAGAAUAUGAUCAUUUGCAGUCAACUUAUAGAAAAAUUUCAAAACUGUGCUUACAAUUCUUUUGUCCCUACUUUUAAUGUUUUGGAAAAUUGGUAGAAGCUGUUCAGUAACAAUAAUUUUAUCGAUAAUAUUGUUAUCGACUACGUUCUCAAAUACGGCGACAGUCGCCAACUUUGUGGAUAGAAUACUUGUAGUCUUGAACACUUGACAAAUUAAUGGGAAGAACGUAUUCUUAAUGUAUGCAAAAUCAAACUUAUCAAUGAAUAAAACAGUUUUGCUUAGAAAUAUAUCCUGGGCUUGGAUUUGUUCAGCCUUAAAGUGCUGUUCAUUGGAAGGUAAAGUUAAAAUUAAUGAGCAAGACUUCUUGAUCAAGUCAGUCAAG